AUGGUCCCAAGUGGUACUCCGUCAAUGACCAUCUUUCGGAACCCCAAAGAAGUUAAACCAUAUAUUGUUCCCUCUCCGGAACGCUGCAAUCUCCCGGCUGCUGCCAUUCAUGCAUCUUCAGAUUUUCUCAUUAUUGUGGACAUAAAUGCUCCAGCAGCACACAUAGCGCAGCACAAAUGGCAGCCAAAUACACCCGACGGCCAGGGUAUGCCUUUCCUUUUUCAACAUGGAAAGGCUAGUGCAGGCUCUACUGGUGGAACAUUCAUGCGUAUGUUCAAAGGGCCGACUGGCUCUGGGUCAGAGGAUUGGCAUUUUCCCCAAGCACUUGCAUUUCCAACCUCUGGAAUCAGAAGCUCAGAUGUGGUUUCCAUCACAUGUGACAAGGAAAUUAUUACUGGUGGCCACGUGGAUAACAGUGUCAGGCUGAUAUCAGCAGAUGGAGCAAAAACCUUGGAAAUAGCGAGAGGACAUUGUGCUCCAGUCACAUGCCUGGGUCAGUCUACAGAUGGCAACUACCUUGUGACAGGAUCCCGAGAUGCAACAGUUCUACUCUGGAGGAUACAUCGGACAUCAACUUCCCGCUCUAGCAGCAUGUCAGAGCUUUCCACAGACCCAGGCACGCCAACUUCUAGUGGAAGCAAUGCUCUAGCUAACAAUUUGGCAGACAAGAGCAGGAGGCGCCGUAUUGAAGGUCCCAUACAUUUCCUCCGGGGCCAUCAUGCAGAAAUAAUUAGCUGUUGUGUCAGUUCAGAUCUUGGAAUUGUUGUCUCAUGCUCCCACUCAUCAGAUGUUUUGCUGCAUUCAAUCAGAAGGGGACGCUUGAUCAGAAGGUUGGUUGGUGUGGAGGCUCAUGCAGUCUGCCUUUCAUCUUAUGGGAUUGUAAUGGCUUGGAACAAAUCACUACAUACUCUCAGCACUUUUACUCUUAAUGGGACGCUGGUUGCCAGGGCACAAUUCCCGUUCUCCUCUAGCAUUAAUUGCAUGGAGGUUUCUGCUGAUGGACAGAAAGCUUUAAUUGGAUUGAACUCAUGUCUAGAAAGUGAUGGAGCCUUUGAUAACAGCAGGCAUUUAAAGUCUAAAAUGCCAGGCACUGAGGAUCUUUCUGAUGAAGAAAACAGACUGGAUAUUCCAUCGCCUUCAAUUUGCCUCCUUGAGUUGCCCUCUCUAAAGGUACUCCAUUCAAUGAAACUGAGAGAAGGACAAGAUAUUACCGCUAUGGCUUUAAACAAGGAUCACACAAAUCUUUUGGUGUCAACUGUAGAUAAACAACUGAUAAUAUUUACUGAUCCUGCUUUGAGCUUGAAGGUUGUAGAUCAGAUGCUCAAGCUUGGUUGGGAGGGUGACGGGCUCAGCCCCCUCAUGAAAUGAAACAUGAAGCCAUUUGGGUUUCCAGUUUGCGGAGAAGCAUGAGAAAAAUAGCUCGCAUAUAAAGUUUCAUUGAAAUUGGUACAACAAGGCCAAGCUGGCUACCUAUUCAAACCAACUCUGAUUGCUCAACUCACAAUUAGCAGCUGUCUUGGUAGGUGUAACAUAUGUUCCAACAAGAACAUUACAUAGAGUGUGAAUAUUAGAUUCGCCACAGGGUUUUUUUUGCGGAAAUUGUCUCGAUUGAGUUGUAUGCUUUUGAGGUUGACUGCGCCUUUAACACCCUGAGCUGUAUAGUUUAGUUCCAAUUUUUCUGUAUUUAAAAUGUGAGAAAAUUCGUAAAUGGUUUGCUCUUGCGUUGAGUUCAUGACUUUUGAGAGGACAGACUGUUUGCUAAUGUUUCUGUAAUUUGCUUCUUUUUUUUUUCUAUGAAGAGAGAGUUAACAUGGUUGAAACUACUGUACAAUGAAUGACUUCACUGAAAUUCUGGAUCCCAAUCAUUGUGUGGAUCGUUGGAUUUAGUAUUCCAAAAACAAAGUGUUUAUUCAGCGUGGUGCCAAAUUGGGUUGAUAGCAAGG